AAUCAAUUGAAUUCGCGUUGGAAAUUAAGACAUUAAAGAGUGUGAAACGAAAUUCGACUUAUCGCUGUUAUAAUUGCGACUUUUAACAAACUUUUUCUCGAGUGGUGUAUCUAAAUUAAAAUUCAGUGAAGCAUACAAGUCAUAAAUCGACAAAUGUACAAAUUCCAAAUAAAAUUUAAAUUUGUUUACUGUUUGCAGUAAAGAGAAUCCGAACUAAUGCAGUGUCAAGGUUUGAUCGACAUCUGCCUGCCUCUGGUUUCACAACGCCGCCUGCUUCUGCGUCUAUAUAAGAAAUUUCUGCUUCCUGCUAGCAGCAUGAAUGAGGCGAAUGUCUCCGUUGACAACCACUGCGUCUGGUUUAGCGUCACGACGCUGAGAGCUGAAUUUUCUAGUCAGUGAACUCGCUCACGAUAGACCGCGUGCUUGCCGGAAUUUUAAUUUUCUUUAUGGAUUUCCUUAUAUUUAGGUUAAAAGUGUCCGAUAGGUCGUGAUUUGUGCAAAAAGGUGCACUCCGGAUUUUCACCGGAAAAUCUCAACAUUUCUGAAUUCGAAUUAAACAAAUCAUUGUUUUGUUGUAGACAAGCGGCAAAUUUCUGGUUCCAAUUGAACAAUAAUGUUCGAGGAAUGUUUUGGAGAUGGACCUUUCAUAUUUAGGUUAAACGAAAGCGGCACAGGACCACAACUCCUCACUCAGGUUUGCCUGGAAAGGGGAUGGCGCGAGUUUAACUCGGAAAGUGGCGACCAAUGGAAUCUCUGGUGGCGGACUUCCGGGUUCCCGGUCAGCCACCAUAGGAAUCUCUACGCCUGGCAGUAUAUAAAUCACAUACCCAAAGGUUCGGCAAUUUGUCGAAAAGAUAAUUUAGUUCGUUAUUUACGUUGCAUGAGAAAAGUUUAUGGCUCGAUAUAUGAUUUCAGCCCACAUGGCUACAAUCUCCCGCUUGAGUAUACAAAAUUAGCGGCAGAAUGCAGCAGAGGCGGCCGACCAUUUUCGAGCAAAAAUGAUACGCUUCGUGAUAAACUAAUAGAAGAUAAACCAAUUUGGAUUUGCAAACCUGUUGCUCAAAGUCAAGGACGCGGCAUUUUCCUAUUUAGGAAACUGAGCGAACUUACCUACGAUUCGAAUACGAUCGUGCAGAGAUACAUAGAAAAACCGUUACUAAUAGGAGGAUACAAAUUUGAUUUAAGACUUUACGUUUGCAUCCCUUCUUAUCACCCUGUGACAAUAUACAUGUACAGAGAAGGCUUGGCUCGUUUCGGCACCGAUAAGUUUAGUCUAAACGACUUAAGGAACCCUUUCCGCCAUCUCACAAAUUCAUCAAUCAAUAAACUUGGACCAGGGUAUACAGAAAUGAAAGACAGGAUCGGAUCAGGGUGCAAGUGGACGCUGAGGCAACUCCGGAGGUACUUUCAGCAAGCAGGAAUAUCUGAUUGGCUAUUGUGGCAACGCAUUUCGUCCCUCGUCAUUUUAACAGUCUUAAGUCACGUGAAUCAAAUCCCACCCACUGUAAAUUGUUUUGAAUUUUUCGGAUUCGACGUGCUAAUUGAUAGCUCUUUAAGACCGUGGCUGCUUGAGGUUAAUCUGAGUCCUGCCCUUAGUAACGACUGUGACGCCGAUAGGUCCGUGAAGAAGCCUAUGCUACAUGACAUGUUUGAUCUAUUAGGUUUGCCACUCUACAAUACCGGACUUUCCGUCUUUGAUAUAUUUCUAGACGAGCCUAGUGAGAGCAAUGAGGAAAAUGAACAAAAGCCAAAAAAUGUGGCUUUUAAGAACACUUUAUCUGUUGUAAACGCGGCGGGAAGAUGGCGGCGGAAGCACCGGAAAAUGUCCGCCAAACAAAUCAGCUCGCGAUCAAAUUCAGCAGUCCGCGCCAAAGUACGAACUGUUUCAGCAACAUCUCCGAAAAUCGUAAAUUUGCCAAAAGUUAACAUUAACUUGCCAAAAAAUAAGCCAAAUUAUGAUGUAAACAAAAAUGAUGAGGAAGAGUUGAGAAAAGCUGGAAUUUCGAAAAAAUGGGGCAACGGUCGUGACUGGAAUUUCGCAACGAGUAGUGAAGGCGGAUGGGUGCGAAUUUGGCCAAUGACAAUUGAACAGCCGAAUAAAAAUUAUUUCCUUACUGUCAAGCAAAUGGUUUCGAAAGUAAUCAAGUUUACGAAGUCGGCGAAAGAAUUAGCGAAAAAUCAUCCAACGGCGUCGGAGUGUCAGUUGAAUGAGUUUUUGCAACAGGAGAUUGACAUGUCUGGGGAAAUUUGGAUACCACCAGUUUAAAUUUCCUGUUUUUUGCCACUAUUGCUAAAAUUACUUGUAACAAUGCCAAGAUGCUAAAUCUCGGGCCCAGAUUUUUCUCCUCUCUACUAAAUUUUUUCUUGUUGACUUUAUCACUGCCUCAAAAUUUGACUUCAAAAUUUGAAAUAAACUCAUCAGAAUAAAUUGUUUCAUUUAAGGGUUAUAACAAGAAGUAAAACCUACAUCUAAGAUAUUUAUUUAUAGAUAUUUUGCCAAAAAACAGUCCAUCUAUUUAUUACAACUUCAAUGGCACUUACAAUAAAAUACAUUAUUAUAUAACAUUAUCUACAAGUAUAUUUGCGUAACAUUAGACUAGCACUAUUAACAAUAACCAAUAUACAG